UUACAUUAUCGGUCCCUCAUAAACUAAUAGUCUUUAACUAGUUGGCUAAGUUUUUGAAAUAUUACAAAUAUGUCCUAGUAUACAGAAUAAUUAUAUUUCCAUUAAAUUAAUAUCUCUAUUAUAAUGUAAUAUUUAAAUAUAAAAACUCAUUAAGUUAUAUAAAGAUAAAAAAAGUGUAUCAAAACAAUCAGGAUAUCUGUAAAUUUUUAUUAACCCCUUUAUUAUGAUAUAGUAAAGUGGAAUCUAUAAAAAUCCGAAUGUACCAUGGGCUCGACUCAAGGAGAGAUUAGAGUUGGGCCUUCACAUCAGGCAAAAUUACCAGAUUUUCGGAUAGCUGGUCCAGGUACAAAUGGAGUAAUUGGAGAAGAUCGUGAAGAAGCUCGUUGGGUUUCAGGUACUGUAAGAGAUAGAGAUUUAUUAGUGUAUUUACGAGCUGCCCGUUCAAUGGCUGCCUAUGCUGGUAUGUGUGAUGGAGGAUCAGCCGAUGAAGGAUGUAUAGCUGCAUCUCGCGAUGAUACCACAAUUAAUGCAUUUCAUAUUCUGCAUGAUUCGGGUUAUGAUCCAGGAAAAGCUUUACAAGCUCUAGUAAAAUGUCCAAUGCCUAAAGGAAUAGAUAAAAAAUGGUCUGAAGAAGAAACGAAAAAGUUUGUUAAAGGAUUGAGACAAUAUGGUAAAAAUUUUCAUAGAAUCAGGAAAGAUUUAUUACCUCAUAAAGAUACUCCGGAAUUAGUAGAGUAUUAUUAUUUAUGGAAGAAAACACCAGGUGCAAAUAAUAAUAGACCACAUAGAAGAAGGAGACAAGGAUCUGUAAGACGAAUCAGAGCUACUAGAGCGACUAGACCAUCAAGUGCCCAAAAAGAUGAUACUAGCUCGGGUUCUCGUCCCUCUCCCAUUUCAAAAGAACCAGGUGAUGGAAGUUCUGGUGUUAGUGAGGAUGAUGGUGGAAAUACUGAAGAUGAUUCUGAUUCAAGAGAUAACACUACCUUAUUUAGAUGCCAUCAUUGUUUUGCAACCAGUACUAGAGAUUGGCAAAAUGCUGCAAUUGGACCAAAACAAGGAAAUUUGUUAUGUUUUGAGUGUCGCAGCUAUAAUAAGAAGUAUGGUGAAUUACCACCUAUGCCACAGUCACCAGCUGAGUGUCCUAGUCCUGCAACUUCUGAUAUCACUGUUACAGCUGAUUCACCUAGUAGAAUGCGUACUCGUAAUAAAUCUAAAGAAACUCCAACUAAAAGUACUCAAGGUCGAUCAAAACGUAGUAGAGCAAACACACCUGAAACAAUUCAAGAUAAUGAAAAAAAAGAAACAACAAUAGAAGUCUCAUCUUUAAUAGAAAAAAAUAAACCAAAAAUUAGUCUUAACGAAACACCUAAAAAGAGAUCAUUGGAUACCGAUGGUGAAGAAGAGAGUCCAAUGAAACGAGAGUCAAAUAAUUCGGAAAGUACUAGUUCAGAUGGAUAUUCUGGUAAUGAUGAUGACACUCAACUUGCUACUGUUGCCUCCAGUGAAUCAACCAAUCAAGAAACUGAAGUAUCGGAAUCUAUGCAAAUUGAGCAUGCAGCAGAUUCUAAUUUCUCUUCUGAUAUUAUUCCUAAAGAAGAGCCAAUGCAAGAUCAUAAUACUGAAUUUCAACCUGUUGAAGACAUUGCUGUAACUUCUGUUGACAAUAAUAUUGAUAUUGUAGAAAGUGUUAAUGUUAAAAAUGAAACUAGUGAAGAGCCCAUGAAUGUAGAUGUUCCUGAAGAAUCUCAACAGUCUAUUCCAUCUAUUGACGAAAUUGAAAAAGAAUCAGGAGAAAAAAAUACGUAUAGUUCACAAAAUCCUCAAUUAAGCUCUGAAAAUGCUGCAGUUUCUUCAGAUCCAAAUACAGAAGUUAAAAUUGAAUCGUGUGCAACUACUACUACUUCCGAAGAAUCUUCUCAAGUAGCAGUAGAACAUCAAGAAGAUGUUCCAACAUCACCUAUUGCGUUAACAUCUUAUUCUCCUAGAAGAUCUGAGGCAGCUAAAUCACCCAUUCUAAAUCAAUCACAAAUACUUGUACCAACUUACCAACCACAAUUUAAUGACUCAGAUAGAGUUGGAGAUAAACAAGCAUUAAAUGUACCUCCAUUGCCUACUCCUGUUACACAAUCUUUCAACACUCCAUUUUACCCUUAUAAUAAUCCAAUUGCAGACAAAUUCCAUACACCUGUGUAUGAACCACAAUUAGAACCUCAAAAUUUAAAAAUUAAACAAGAGGUGGCUGAUCCAUUGCAAUCAUUAAAAGAAGUUAAAGUUCCUGGUUAUAAUGGUCCUGGAGCAGUUUCUCAACCACUACAAGCUACAAAUUCUGCUAUUUCAGUUAAUACAGAUUUGGCCAAUAUGUCAGUUGAAAAUAUCAAGAAAGAACCCGAAUUAAAAUCUCCUUUGCAAGCCAAAACACACACACAAAAUCCAGCUACUUCAAUGUUUGCCCCCCCUUCUUCAUUGCCACAACCUGUAAUGCAUCCAUCCCAACAAAUAUCUCCUUUAAGUCGAAUAUCUCCUGCUGGUGGAGUACCACCUCAUCAUCCAUUUGCUGCUAUGCAUCCACACCAUCCUUUAAUGCACCCCCAUUCAUUAUUUGCUGCUGCUGCUGUUGCACAUGCUGCUCUUCAUAAUCCUUAUCAUCCUCAUGCACACCCAGCUUAUGCUGGAUAUCCUCCAUAUGGAUUCCCAUAUGCUCCAUAUCCUAUUCCACCACCUACAAAACGUCCAGAUGAAACUACAACAAUGACUGCUCAUCACCAUCAUUCAGUUAGUACUAGUAGCCGUUUAGAUGAAGAAAUAACUCAUCAUUCUAGUUCUACAUCAGUUCAACAUCAUUCUAGCUCAACAGAUAAACAUACUUUGUCACAUUCCACUACUUCUUCGUCUCAAUUAGUUCAGCAUAAACUUAAAAGGGGAAAUAGUCCUCAAUCUGGCUCAAGUCAUAUAUCUGCUACUCUUUCUCAUACAACAUCUUCAUCACUUUCCACACAUGGCAGUAGUGGUAAUACAGGAAGUGGCAGCCACACUCAUCAUCAUCAACAUACACAUCAUCAUCAGCAUUCCUCUUCUGUUCAUGGCUCAAGUCGCAAUUUACCUCCUCAACCUGGCUCUAUAAAAAGUGUUCCACACCAUACGCCAUUGUCUUUAGAAGCACUUAGAACACAUACAGCAAUGCAUGGUUAUAUGGGAGCAAUGGAAUUAGCUACUGGGAUACCAUCAGGUAUGGAAAUGAUAAAACCAGAUCAAAUAAUGAGCCAAAGUACUGAUGAUGGAAACAAUGAUGAUGAAAAUUUAUCUAGUCCAAAUGUUCAUAUUCCCCGUGGGCCAUCUCCUGAAUGUAAGAUUGAGGACAGUGAAUGUCAUCGUAGUAAUAAUGCAAUAUUCUUGAAGCAUUGGAAUAGAGGAGAAUAUAAUUCUUGCUGUCGCACUGAUUUAACAUUUAAGCCAGUCCCAGAAUCCAAAUUAAGUAGGAAAAGAGAAGAACGUUCAAGAAGGCAAGCUGAUAAAGAAAGAGAUGAACGUGAUAAAUCAAAUUCAAGAAAAAGUUUGAAUAGCGACAAACAUAUACAAAGUAAUAAUGAACAAAUUACUAAACCACCUUCAAGAGGUAGUAUCGAAGCCCUUCAAUCCCCCUAUGAUCGGGUCAAUAGUUACCAACAUAGAGGAACGUCAGCUAAUACUCCAAUUUAUCCCGAUACUCCUGCAUUACGUCAGCUUAGUGAAUAUGCGAGACCACAUGCAGGAUUUUCUCCAGUUUCAUUACAACGAUCUGCUCCUGGUUUAGGUUUGCCACCUCAUUGCAUUGACCCUAUGCUACAUUAUCAAUUCAACAUGUAUCCAAGAGACAGAUUUGAGUAUGAACAGCUAGAAAGAGAAAAACGUGAAAGAGAACUUAGAGAGUUAAGAGAAAAAGAAUUAAAUGAACGCCUCAAAGAUGAAUUUUUAAAAUCAGGGUCUUCUGGUCCAGCUAGAAUUGAUCCUCAUUGGAUUGAAUUACAACGUCGUUAUGGAGGUACACCUGGUUUACAUCCAUUUGGCUUGUAUCCAUCACCAGGUGCUCCUGCAGGUCAACCUUCAACUCCUGGAAAUAUUAACCCAUUAGACCGUGAAAGAUUAGAAAGACUUGGUCCUAAUGUGGGUCUUAGUGGGCCAAACUCAAAUUCUAAUCAAAAUAAUUCAAAUGGAGGUCCACCUGGAUCAUCUGCUGAAGAAGCCAAUCGUUUAGCUUUAGCAACAGAUCCCAUGGUAAGAUUGCAGCUUGCUGGAAUUUCUCCUGAAUACCAUGCCCAUACACAUGCCCACUCACAUACACAUUUACAUCUUCAUCCAGGUCAACAAGCAGCUGCUGCAGCUGCUGAUAGCGCAUCUGUAUCUGCAGCUUCUCCAUCAGUUUUCCCCUUGGGUUCUGCUGGUGCCGGAGUAUAUCCUAGACCAAAUCUUCUAACUGGCCGUGAACCUACAUUAGGUCUUCAUCAUCCAAAUGACGUUCUAGCUCGUCCAUUUGCUGAUCAAGUUGCUCACGAACAUUUUCAAAGACAAAUGAUGAUGGAACGAGAAAGAUUCCCACAUCCUGCACUAAUGGCUCAUGAAGAGUUUAUUAGGUAUAAUGGAAUAAUGCAACAACAACAAAGAGAACGUGAAAUGAAAGUCCGAGCCCUUGAAGAAGCUGCACGUGGUAGACCAUAAAUUUUUAAUCAAGUUAUUUUACUUCAGUAUUCAACACUAACUACCUGAUACUGGAAAUAUUGUAAAUUCUCGAUAUGAAUUCAAGUGUUUCCGAUAAUUUAAUAAUAAUAAUUUUGGAAAUACACAAACUAUUAAUGUGUGUCAUAUUUUUUUUAAUUUAAAUUUGUGUUAUAAAUAAAAAUGUUUUUCUCUUUUAUGAAUCUUAUGAAGUAUUUUAAUAUAAAUGUUGAUAAUUUAUUCUAAAAACAUGUAUAAAUAGUAAUUAGAUAAUUUCUAAGAGCAUUUACAAAUUUGUAUUUGCUGCACCCUUAUCAAAUUUGAUCCGUCGCACUUCUAAAGUAUUUCUGAUUAGCAAUAAUAUUAGAAAUGCUUUCUAAAAAUUAAUUAAAUAUAAUUGAAACAAACCAGCCAAUUUUUUGCCAACAAAAUAUAUUUCAUACUAAGAAAUAUGAGUUAAAAAAUAACAAUAAUGUGUAGUAUUUUAAUUUAAAGUAUAUAUUUA